AUAGAACUUAAAUACAUUUAAAAAAGUUACUUUAAAUCAUUAGAUGCUCUGCAUGAGUUUGAUCCCUUUUGUAGCAUGUUGUUAAAUCACUGACUGUCAUGUGGUUCGUGCUCUAUUUGAUGAACAACCAAAAUAUUGGGGGGUGUUUAUUGACGCAGCAGCAGUUUUCACUUCAUAUAUCGACUUUUGGCAGCAACAAGAGCAGCGCUGCGCCUUUCAUUUUUAAUAGCAUGUGUAAUGAGGCGCUAUUAGUUACAGCCUGCGUGGCGUAGCUGGGAGGGUCACCACCCAAGCUGCGCUACAGGAAGCACAGUUACAGUAACUGUUUGUCAUUAACAUGCAAUUAGUAAGUACAUGUCACUGCACAAUGAUUUGUGCUGCAGAGCUUCUCGGAAUCUAUAGAAUAUGCAUGAAUCAGCCUUGUGAUUUUGCUCAUCGCUCAGCUCUAAAGUACAUUUCUAACACAUCGCGGUCGUAAAUAAUCCCGGGUUCUGUUCUCCAGAGCCGUGACAGGGUUGAAUUUUUGGCCCCAGUUGUAAAAAUAUUUUGUCCUGAGGGGACCCUGGGGAAAAGGAGAGGAGAGCGUGCGGGGCUGCGCUCAGAGACGCACACUCGGCUGAGAUAGAGUUUCUUUACCUCCUCGGCUAUGUAUAAUUCAGGCUGGGAGGCCGUGACUCACCUGGAGAGACGCACGCGAGGGCCGAGAUGUGACAGGCAGCCAAAGAAGAAGAAGAAGAGACGCGAGCGCAGGAGGAGGAAGAAAGAGGCUGGCAGCGCAUGGAGGAGGUGGUGAAAAAGCGGCCGAUAAUCUCUGCAAGAGAAAGAGGCCCGGGCCCCGGACGCUACAGCCUGCCCCCUACAGUCGGAUACGUCAACCAUGACUUCACCAAGCCCAGCAGCCCCGCGUACUCCUUCCACGGCCGCCUGAGCAGCGCCAUGGUGGCCGUGGACUCCAGCCCAGGCCCGAGGUACCACGUCGAGGCUAGCGUGACCCGGUUCGGCCGGAUGGGGUCCCCAUCCUACUCCAUCCUGGGCAGAGGGGGGCGCGCGAGGAGUAAAGGUGAGCUGUUCCAGACUCCAGGUCCGGGAGCCUACAGCCCAGAGAGGGCCCCGCCCCAAAACGCUCACCGCCGGCCCCCGUCAUACACCAUGGGCGGCCGAAGCAGGUACCGCUCGGUCGACGCUGUGCCGGCGCCCAACAGCUACAGUCUGCCUAAUCUGCUGGGUUGCCAGGUUCCCAACAAAGCCUCCAGUCCCAGCUACAGCUUCUCAAGCCGGAGGAAGGUCGGCGCUCCCUCCGAGGACCUGUCCAUGACCCCGGGACCCAGCAGGUACAACAGCACCGACCCGGACAUCUACCUCCAGCGCCAGCCCUCCUUCUCAAUGCAGAAGCGGACUAAGAGGCCCGGUCACGCUGCUGUUAUUCCUGGACCGGGCAGGUACAGCCCAGAGAAAUACAGCACGCACCUUCCCAAACCGCCGUCCUUCACGAUGGGCACCAGACACUCGGAGUUCGUUACCCCACUUGUAGUGGAUGUAAUGGACUGACUGCUCAGUGGGUUCAUUACAAAUGCUUUAUUUUUAUCAUUAAUUUAAGACAAAAGUAUGUAAAAGGUUCUUAAAUACUUUAUAAAUAAAACAGUAUGAAGAGU